GUCAUCAGUUAACGAAUCUAAAAACUGUAUGAAGACGGAGAGAAAUGGAAUGUUUCCGUGUAUCUCCUUGGAUUCCCAAGCUCUCUUUCUUCUCCACCUCAAGAAACUCAACUUCUCAUCGAUUCAUCAUCCCUAGUUGCAGAGAGAGAAACAGAGAAGGUCAUCCACUCUACAGCUCUUCACCUUACUCUAUACUCGGCGUGGAGCCAAACUGCUCAUCUCUCGAGCUAAAGGCAGCUUUUCGUGCCAAGGUGAAACAAUACCAUCCUGAUGUAAACAGAGAAGAAGGAGGAAGCAGUUCUGAUGUUAUGAUUCGUCGUAUAAUCCAAGCUUAUGAGAUGUUAACAAACUCUAGCCGAGCAGAGAUCAUUGAAGGAGAAUGUUUGGACCCUUUUGAUCAUCCAGAGUGUGAGGUACUUGAUGUGUUUGUGAAUGAGGUCCUCUGCUUCGGAAAAAGAUGUUCAUACCCUUGUUUUAAGACAGCAUCUCAUGUCUUUUCGUGUGAUUCAACUGGCACAGCUCGAGCAAUGUCUCAAGGGCAUGGUGAAGAUUACCGUGUACAAUCUGCAGUUAAUCAGUGCCCUAGAAACUGCAUACAUUAUGUCACACCUUCGCAGAGAAUUAUUCUAGAAGAGUUACUAGACAGUGUUUUGGACAAGCCUUAUGAUUGUUCUGCGGAGGCAGAGUUGCUCUAUGCUCUUAUAGUCAAAGCUCAGUUUGAGAACAACAGGUACCAGAAGCCAAAGAAGAAACAACCUGAGUCUUCAAGCAAACAUGUAGACUGGCUCUGAAAAGUUAGGAGUUAAUCCGAGUUAGUAAUUAAGUAUCUCUUCUUCAUGAAUAUGCAUUCUUGACCAGAGUCUGUAAUAUAGUCCUUCCAACUGAAAAAAAAAUGGAAACAGACGCUAUCAAAAUGUGUUACCGAUA